AUGCAAGCCGCUGCUCCAAGCGCGGAUUCGUGGGGAGCUGGCAAGGGUGUGGCAGAGGUUGAGGUGACGUCCUUGUCGGAACUCGGUUCACAAGCCGUUGAUGCUUUGAACUUGUUCGUUGACAACCAAGACCCACCAGCCGCUGCCGCAGGCGCGGGUUCAGAUAGCUCGAGAUGGGCAGGAGCAGCCUCUAGUGCAGGAUCUGGCCCGACCAUCUUUCCGCCUUCCGUGAUGGAACACGAGGACAGAGACCUCGAGCUUGAAGAGCCCUUCGCUGGUCCAGCAGACCAAGAGGUUUUGGACGAUGCUGAGGCCAACCCUUUCGAUAGCCCCACAGCCGAAGGCCAACAGGCCCCCGUGGUUGAGCAUUCGUUAGGUGAUACCCAAGUGCAUCCCUCCCCUGACCAAGACCAUCCGGUCCCAGAGGAGACGACCUCGGCUAGUGCGAACGCCCCCAAUCUUGCAGACCAAGGCGAUCCAGCCCCUGCGGAGGAGGAGCCUGAAGAGUUCGUGCCACCCGAAACCCUAAUUGCCCAGGCCUCACCAACGCCUAAUAGUCCUCCCCUCUUCACUAACAACUUGUUCGAUCCUUUGGGUGAAGACGAGGACUCCUCAGCCGAGGAGGCAGUGAAUGAGGAGAUUGCCCAACGCAUUCAAGAGCAGUACGAUUUGGAGACUGCACUUAAGGAGUCCGCUCAAGCCGCAGGCGUUGAGCCUGAGCCAGCGGAUCUAGGUAUCGGUGAAGCCGCUGCCACUGGCGCGGGAAGGGGUGAGAGAGAUCGCACCCGACGGAGGGGGUGUCGUGCCGGGGCCAAGCGCGUUGCAGGCCGCGAGAACCUCUCCUAUGGGACGACGUGUGAAUACAUCAGUGCCCAACUUGGUGAUUCCACGUACGCACGGUUCGGCCGCCGCUUCAAUCUCCCUCACAUUCCCCCGCAAGUCGCGCGCAGGCAGUAUCCGGAGUGGUUCGGGUACGUCCUUCGCCAUUCCGACAGGACAGUGUUCAACUCCGAUUCGAAGGCCUCGUCUUCGGCCGCGCCUCCACGCGCCGAUCGGUCUCGAUCCGCUGCUCGACAGCCAGUGCCUCGACAGCAGGAGCGCCUUGGCGCCCUACGCUUGAGCGUUGAGGCCAAGGCCUCAAAAGCUAAGGCUGACGCAUCCAAUGCGCUGGGCGGAGCAGCUCUUCGUGGUGAUCUCGAGCAAGCAUUGUCGCAGGCAAAGCCAGAGGUCACGGUCGAGGAGGAGGAGGACGUGAGGCGCUCGAAUCAGAUCAGGACCAACCGACAACGAGUGCAAAAGCCGCUGCCUCUGGCGCGGAACCAGUUCGUCCGGUCGUUAUGA